AUGGAGUGGCAAGUCGCGAGGAGAGGUUUCCUCUCGGAUUGGUCGCUUGCACCUUCAAGCAACUCCUUACAGGAGGUCCUGGAGCGGAGGACGGCACCUCGCAGCUACGAGAGGGUGGUGCUUUGUGCAGAGGUACAAGCCGCGCUGCUGGCGAAACACGGCCGGCUUUGCAAAGAAGAGAGCGGCUACACGGAGGAUAAGGAGCUCUUCGACGACCAGUGGCGGGAGACGCUCCAGCUGACUGUGGGGAUGCCUUGCCUCGUCCCGGGCUCGGGGCAGCUGGCAGCCUACUUGGGAGAGGAGAUCGGCGGCGAGGAGCCGCGCGUUCGCCUGCGAGUGCUCGCCCCGCACGAGCCGGCGGAGGCGGAGCAAAGCCACGAGCGGCGGCAAGUUCUGCCGCUGCCCACGGCACCGGCCUCCGUUGGAGACUGGGUGCUGCCCUUGGCCUCAGAACGGCUCCUGGGAAGGCCUGGGCUCUGCCUCGAGGCGCUGCCCCCAACCGGCGGGACGCACUUCCUCGUUGCAUUCCCGCAGGAAUCCAACGCUGAGGUGCCGCCGGAGAUCUCCUGCAUGGACCAGCAAGAGCUGGUCGCUCUGCCGGCGAAACACUCGGACUGGCUCACGCCUGUGGAGGAGACUCUGAAGAAUUGCCAAGAGGUGCGUGCGGCACUUCAAAAUCUGCAGUUGCCUCAAGCAAUCGGGGCUGACGAAGCCGAAGAAGAGGAGGACUCCUCGAAGAGCUGUACUCUCGAAUCCGAGGACUCCGAAUCGGAGGAACGGUCGCCGAAGAUGCGAACGCUGAGACAGAGUCGGCACGACCUCUUCGGCUCCUUUGCACGGCGCCAGCUGCCGAGCCCCAUGGAUGCCAGGACCGGGACAGGCACAACGCGCCUGAAGGAGCGUUCGAUUUGGAAGCACACGCAGGACACGGUGUUCGCCUCCCGAGCCUCCUCUUGCAUGUUGGGAGGGACCCUCAGAGACGAUGAUCUUCCAGAAAAUCAGGACGACUCCAUGAGCCCAGGGCUCCCGGCCGUCAAGGAGGUCUUUGAGGAACACAACGAAGUGCCUGGCGCCCCGGAAUCCCGCCCGGAGCAGGACAGCUUGGAUCCCAACCCUGAGGCGUCGCUGCCCCACCAGGUGGCCUCGCCUGAGCGCGGCUCUCCCGAGCGGAGGAGGCGGCCGCAGCUGCCCUCCGGCGCUUUGUCAGGCAGCGGCUUUCUGAGCCCGAAGUCAGGAUCGGCUUCCGGGCAAUCCCUGCUGGCGUGGGCCGAACAGAAGGGCCUCUGCAGCCCUGUGAGCCCCGACAGCCGGAGGUCGACCACGAGCAGCCGCGCCGGCAAGUGGAGCCCUGCAGCCACAGAUCCCUACACCUAUGCCUGCGGCAGUCCUACCAUGAGGAAUCGACGUAGCUUCAUGUCGCUGGAGCAGCUUUUUGCUCUUUGCAAGGAGCUGAAGAUCAUGCCGGAUUUGAUGAGCAGACAAGCUGUGGUGCGCAUCUUCAAGAGAGCACAGUGUGCAGGUUCGGCAAGUGCACAUGGCGGCAGCAACUUCGGAUACCUGUCGCAAGAGGCAGCGUUCAGCCUCACAUGCCUUUUGACGAGUUUUGACGGCCUCCUUUUUUCCCUCUCGCGGUCCAAGUUCGCUCCAGCGAGGAUGUUCAUCUGCUGUGUGGACUCUUCAGCUGAUGACAAGGAGCUGCCCCCUGCCAAGCUUGUGACAUCAGACGAGGUGCUGCCUGCCCGCUCGUCGUCAGUGGCGCAAGAGCUGACAAUCGGAGCCCGCCCGGCCAAGGAGGAGUGCUUCACUUUCAGCGUUGACGUGGUGCGAUCGCCGGGAACGAGCUUUGGUGUAGACAUCUCGGCUGCUGGAAAGGUUUGCAUGGUGAACGCAGUGCAGGCGGGAAGCCUGGUGGGGGACUGGAACAACCAGUGCGCUCCCGAACACCGGAUCCGACAGUACGACCGCCUGAUGGCAUUCAAUGGCGAUCGGCCCUCCAAAGGGAAGGAGAUGCUGGAAAAGCUUCGAGAUGCCUCAGGUCCCGUGACCAUCACCGUGCAGCGACCCGUGGUCCAGCAGGUGAUCGUUUCUAAGAACGGCAAGGAGCUGGGCCUCGGCGUCAUCGAUGGACAGAGCUUUCUCCUGGUUACGAGGAUCGCAGAGGGUGCCGUCAACGACCACAACCUUGCGGCCACAUCGGACCAGGUCAUCAAGGUGCCGAGCCGGAUCGUGACGGUGGAUGGCAAGAAGGGCUCAGGUGCAGAGCUGUUGAAGCUGAUGGAGAACGUUGCUGGGUCGGAAGGCACAUGUCUUGGAAUUGAGUUCAUGAGCCUUGCAGCUUUCGCAAUGCAAACCCGAAAGCUCGUAGGACGGACGGAUGCGAAAGCUGGGCUGAAGGCUUUUGUGGACGCCAUGGGCCGGAUCGCGAUUCAGGCUUACACCGAGGAGCCUUAUUGUGACGAGUAUCCAGAGCCUCACGAGAAGAUUCUGGCCUUCUUGUCCGACCGCCUGCCGGGACAGAUCAGGACGAUGCGCGAGAGCUUCCGCUAUGGCUGCAGUGGCCGUGGCCCAGCAGUGUCGCCAGGCUACAUUGGCAGGCGCUGA